CUAUAAUCCUAAAGACUAUUUUGUUGCUUGCAUAUUUUUCUGUCCUCAAAAUUGAGCAUAAAAAACAAAGAACGAAACCUUAAUCGAAUUCCACCAUCACGACAACGUUUUAGAUGGAAAGAAAUUAAGGUUUUUGCUGAUGCAGGCGGCUGCUUCUAUGCGGAUUCUCUCAAUCCCUUUCAAGAAUCUGAACAAAGCCCUUCUUCUCCAUCACAAUCUUCAGAAUCACCGUCACCGUUUUCUUCCCUCGUUCUCCGUAAUUCAGACAAAACCCUGUAUUUAUCUAACGCCAAUGGCCACCAUUAGCAGCAAUAGCAUCACUGCGUCUGAUUCUAAUCCCAAUAAUAAUAAAAAAGGUGGUGCCUUUACCACAAUUAAAGAAAGGGUCACAUUUCAGACAGAGAUAAAGAAGAGUAAAUUUAUCGCCAUUGCUGGCACCAUCUCUAAUGAACGCUCUGCUCAGGCCUUCCUCACUGAGGUUCGUGACCCCAAGGCUACUCAUAAUUGUUGGGCAUAUAAGGUUGGGGAUCAGUUUCGGAGUAAUGAUGACGGUGAACCAUCUGGUACAGCAGGCAAGCCAAUACUUUCUGCAAUUGAAUCUUCUGGGAUUGAUAGAGUUAUGGUAGUCGUGAUCAGGUACUUCGGAGGUAUUAAACUUGGCACCGGAGGUUUAGUCAGGGCUUAUGGAGGGGUUGCUGCUGAUUGUUUGAGAAAUGCCCCCACUUGUCUUGUCAAGUCCAAAGUUCCAAUGGGCUUGGAGAUUCCAUAUGACCUUUUGGGGGUUCUCUACCAUCAGCUACAAUCAUUUCGGGCUGAAGACAUUAAGCAAGAUUAUGACACUGGAAAAGAUGGUGUUACCAUGGUAACCUUCAAAGUUGAUUUUGAUCAGAUGGAGAGUUUGGAGGAAGCUAUCAAAGUUAGCUGCGGCAGAGAUAUUGUUUUUUUCAAGCGCUAAGACAAGGCUUAAGAACUCUUCUGGUUCUUUAGUAUGACCCUUUUUUCUGAAGAGACUGCAACCUCAUCACCCUUAAGGCUCGCAUCAUGGGUAAUAUUCUUUCCUUUGCCUCUUACUAUUAAACGAUCUUAUUUAUCUGAUGCUUCUUCUUGUUUAAAUUGACUAAGCUUACUUGCAAGUAUGGUGUAUUUCAUAAAUAUAUCUUGCCGUGUUUCAGUUAUUUAAGGACUAAUUUUGUGCAACUUGUUCAUUGGCAUAGACUUAACUUAUAGUAUAAAUUUCUUUUCUUAAAUUCAAUUAUGGAGUGAGAAAAUUUCUGGAUGUCUUUCUGCUGACUAUUAUAGUCGAAUAACAUUUUAUGAACUAAUUAAAAGAAAAGCAAAUAACUUCAGCAGGAAGAUCUAUCAAGUUUGUUAUGUUUCUCAUAUUCAAUCGUACUUGUAACCACAUUUCCAUUGGCCAUCUUUUCCAAAUUUUGUGUUUUCAAACCACUCCUUUUGAUUUGAUAAUCAGCCUUGAGUUGUAUGAUUCUCGUGACUAAUUGGGAUGGUCAAUACGACUGGCUAAGUAUAUAAUGUGCAUUUAAAUGCGGAUUUAACUAAUGCAAUCUUUGGUUUCUCAAACAUAUCAUCCGGCACCCUUUCUUAAGUCACUUUUGCAGAAAUGCAAGCUUACAAGUAGUGUCGUUGAAGUCUGAUGUGAAAUCUAUUUGUUUUAUGCCUCAUUUUAACUAUUUUUGGUUGCCUUUGACUGUUGGAUUUUACUUAAACAGCUGUGAUAAUGGUAUUUCUUUGUCUAAGAAGACCACCAUUUGAGUGAUGAGUGACUCUCCAGUCUUCAGCGACGUGUCUGAGUUCCAUUUUAUCUUCUGAGAGCAUCGGGCAUCAAACUUUAGUAGCAUGACUCCUGAGACUGUAUACAUCUUGUUGUAACACAUGCUUGUACGGAUGUUCACCGACCCAAUGCAGCAAAAAUGUUUUUGAUUUGCGUGUAACUGUUCUAAAUGUGAAAUACUAAAUCUUUGUUUUCAGGUUAGUUUCAUAUUCUUUGCUUCUGGAUUUCUUUUGCUGUUGUAUCCUGCUUUAAGUAAAUGAUGAGUCAAAGCCUGCAUUUCCUUGUCAAUCUUAGAAUGUCAGCGCUACUUGGAAGAAGUGACAUUAGCGAUUUGAUUUGAUUUGCUUACUCGAGUUUGGUCCAAUGAGAUUAUAAUUGCAGUUCGAC